CGAGAUCUCGUUUUGCAGGACAAGCAGCCGCCGUUCUUUGCUUCAAGCUCUGUUCAUCUGGACGAUUGCUCCUGCUUUCGUCUCCACUCGUCACCGCCGCUGCCGCCGCGACCCAACCCAACCUAACCCGACCAGACCCGAUCCGACCGUCUGCAUCCUCUGUCAUCAUGAAGUUGGUCAGAUUCCUCCAAAAGCUCAACAACGAGACCGUCACAAUCGAGCUGAAAAAUGGCACGAGCGUCCACGGCACCAUCGCCGGUGUAGACAUGCAGAUGAACACGCACCUGAAGACCGUCAAGAUGACGGUUCGAAACAAGGACCCCGUCAACCUCGAGUCGCUGUCGAUCCGUGGAUCAAACGUUCGAUACUUUAUCCUGCCGGACUCGCUGCCCCUGGACACGCUCCUCGUUGACGACGCACCCAAGUCGAAAGGCAAGAAGAAGGAGGCGGCACCUUCCCGAGGACGUGGCCGUGGACGAGGCCGUGGCAGAGGUCGUGGACGUCGCUAGAUUCCCGCCAUCGCCGGUUCCUGAUCCCAUGGAGCACCUCCGGCUUUCCCCUCGCCUCCUGCUCUCAUCCCCUCCGCCCCCGGACAUUUUGUCACCCAAUUCGUCCUGGAGACACGCUUCCUUCCGCCUCCGAUCAAACCCUCGCACAUCCCAAAUAAACAGCCAACUUCCAGACCCAGU